CUGAUAUGUGCUGAGUUAAAGGUGGCUUUGCGUCGUUGCGCAGCGCUUUGGCACGAGCUGCUUCUGAGUGGUAAAGGCAAAGACCUAUUAGUCCCUGAACGCUUAUCAGCGGUCACUUUCUUUUCUUCCACGAGGGAGGGAAAGGGAUAUCAACCAGCCGAGGCUCGUUUUUCCCAUCUUCGGCUCCGGGAAGCUCGAUUCAGCCUCCACUCGCUUGUUUUUUAUGCGUAAACUUGGAGAAGUGUGGAAACUGCGUCGCUGCAGGAUCGUGGAGACGCGAGCUGCCAGGCUGAAAGUACGUGAUUUGAAUCCUGAUUACAACCUGGAGUCCUGGAGUAAUUUCUCUCUUUUUUCCUGAACUAGAGCAGCAUCUGAUCGAAUGACUCCAUCCACUGCUUUCUAACUUUUUUUUUCGAUUGAGAUUUGCGCUUCUCCAAGUUAUUCUUUCCUCAUUUUUGACAAGUAGAGGCGACAUGGCGUCACUCUAUCAGAGAUUCACCGGCAAGAUCAACACAAACAAAUCGUUCCCAAACCCACCGGAGGCGAGUCAUCUCCUCGGGCAGAACGUGGAGGGGGACAGGCCGGUGGAUAACCAGCGACCCCGGCUUCAGCGCCCGUACCGGCGGCACUCCGAGGACGAGGAUGAGCUGGUGGGCAGCAACCCUCCGCAGAGGAACUGGAAGGGAAUAGCGAUCGCCCUUCUUGUCAUUCUGGUCAUCUGCUCGCUGAUCGUCACCUCCGUCAUCCUGUUGACACCAGGUGAAGACGACCGUCUGGCUCUCAAGGGCAAGGUGACAGUUGGAGACCUGUUUCGAAAAGACUUAAAGGUUCACAACCCCAACGCAAAGUGGAUAAGCAGUAAUGAGCUACUGUACCGGAACCGGGACGGCGACGUCGUCAAGUUCAACGUGGACACGAACGAGCAAACCGUCCUGGUGCAUAACAAGAAAUUUGAAAUGUACAAAGCCAGCAAGUACGAGGUGUCUCCUGACAUGAAGCAUGUCCUGCUGGCCUACAACGUUGCACCGGUGUACCAGUAUUCCUACACGGCCUUCUACAUCAUCUGCAGCCUGGAAACUCCGGAGACGUGGAACCUGAACCCUCCGGAGGUUCGAAAUGCUCAGCUACAGUAUGCAGGCUGGGGCCCGCAGGAUCAGCAGCUGAUCUUCAUUUUUGAGAACAACAUCUACUAUCGGUCCAAGGUGGAGAGCCGCUCCAUCCGUCUGGUGUCUACCGGCAAAGAGGGCGUCAUCUUCAACGGGCUCAGCGAUUGGUUGUACGAAGAGGAGAUUUUCCAGUCCCAUGUCGCCCAUUGGUGGUCUCCAGAUGGUGCCAGGUUGGCUUAUGCCACCAUCAACGACACUCUGGUGCCCAGGAUGGAGCUGCCGAUGUUUACAGGCUCACCCUACCCAAUGGGGAAGGACUACCAUUACCCAAAAGCUGGUGAGGAAAACCCAGUCAUCACUCUCUAUGUCGUGAACCUCAAUGGUCCUUUGCACACCAUCGAGAUGAGGAGACCUGAUGAUCCCAGAGUAGGUGAGUACUACGUGACCAUGGUGAAAUGGGCCACCACCACCAAACUGGCCAUCAACUGGCUGAACAGAGCACAGAACAUCUCUAUCCUCACGCUGUGCGAAGCCACAACAGGAGUCUGCACCAAAAAACACGAGGAUGAAAGCGAAGGGUGGCUUCACAGGCAGAAUGAGAAGCCUCUGUUCUCCAAAGAUGGGCUGAAGCUGUUCUUCACACGAGCCAUUCCUCAAGGCGGGCGAGGCAAAUUCUUCCACAUCUCCAUGUCCAUUUCCCAGCCCAACACCAGUACAGACACACUGCAGUCCAUCACAUCUGGAGACUGGGAUGUUACUCAGGUCCUGGCGUACAACGAGGACAGCCAGCUGAUAUACUUCCUGAGCACUGAGGAUGGUCCAAAACGAAGGCAUCUGUACAGUGCGGAUACAUUUGGGUCGUUCAACCGUCGCUGUCUGUCCUGCGCUUUGUCCGACAGCUGUGGCUACAUCGGCGGCUCCUUCAGCCACAACAUGAGCUACUUCCUGCUCAAGUGCCAAGGGCCGAAUAUCCCAUUCGUGGCCAUUUACAAGACGCAGAGAGAGCCAGAAAGCGAGACGCAGGACACAGAAAGUAUUGCAGAAGUGUAUAAAUUAGAGAGCAAUGAGAACCUGCAGCAGACUCUGGACUCCAUGCAGAUGCCCACAGUGGAGUAUAAAGAGAUCAACAUGGACGACUACACCCUGUCGCUACAAAUCCUGAAACCCGCCGGCUUCGUGGACACAGCCCACUACCCACUGCUCCUGCUUGUCGAUGGGACACCUGGUGGCCAGAUGGUGUCGGAGAAGUUCCACAUGGACUGGGCCACGGUCCUGGUGAGCAGCUUCGGCGCCAUCGUGGUGCGCUGCGACGGCCGAGGCAGCGGCUUCCAGGGAACCAACCUGCUGCACCGGAUCCAGAAGAAACUGGGCGUUUACGAGGAGCAGGACCAGAAGGAGGCGCUCAAUUUCAUUCUUAAAGAGCCCUACGUUGAUAAAACCAGAGUGGGAGCAUUUGGAAAGGUGUACGGAGGCUAUGUGACCAGUCUGUUGGUCAGCGGUGAGGAAUCUCCUGUAAAAUGUGGUGCUGUCCUCUCACCCAUCACUGAUUUUGAAUUAUACGCAUCUGCUUUUUCUGAGAGAUAUCUCGGACUGCCUAAACCUGACCCAAGGGCAUACACAAUGGCAAAUUUAGCACACAGGGCAUCCCAAUUCAUGGAUAAGAAGUUUCUUAUUAUCCAUCCGACAGCUGAUGAAAAAGUUCACUUCCAACAUACAGCCAAAUUUAUCGCCCAGCUCAUCAGCGAAAAGGCCAACUACACCUUACAGAUCUACCCAGAUGAAGGUCACUUCAUCCACAGCGACGCCACGAGGCAGCACCUCAGCCAGUCCCUGGUGAACUUCUUCGAGGAGUGCUUCAGGCUACCAGAGAGAGUGUUUGAGGAAGCUCUAGAAGAAGAAGUAGAAGAUGAGGGUUAGAUCUGGCCUUGUUGGGCUCUUCUUCUGCCCUAAAUCUUCCCCCCCAAACCCAUCCAAUCAUCUUACCUACCUUCCAUCCCGUUCAACACCGGCGUCCACAAUAUGCAACUCCCAUCUGUUUUCCGUCUGGGUCGACUCACUGCAUCCGGACUCCCCUGCAUCCCCCCCAACCUGAAACUGCCUUUCCAGCAGACGACAGAUCUACCCGUACAUCUUUUACCCACCUCACCCUUUGGAAUCCAAAAGUCCCUCCAGAGAGGCAACCAAGACUGAUGAUCUGACAUGAAGUUUUGGAAUACACUGACAGGAAGCGGUCUCCUUCAGCAGGAUGGACCAGCUCCUCAGAAGCAGUGGAGAGAAAGCAUCAGCUCUCACACAAACUUUUAAGCUGUGAGGGGAAGGAACGACCUUAUAGCACAUAACUUGUAUAUUGAAGAAAAUCAGACCCCUAGUGGAAAAAACGCUGACUGGCAGUGUUCAUAAUGGGCGUCUGGAAUAGUGCGGAUACAGGAAAUGUUACUAUUUUUAAAGUUGUGAAGAACUUUUCAUGUUGGACUGUGGUUGUGUCUAUUGUUCUUACAGUAUGUAAAAUAGCACACAAACAUUCACUCAGCUACUACAGAUAUAUUUUAUUUAGGUAUUCAUGUUUGCCCCCGACGUUGGUUUUAUCUCGUGGUUUCAUUUUGUGUGUUUCAGUGACGCUGACCGAACUCAGACUGGCAAAAGUGUUUUAAAGAAAAAGAAAAAUGCCAUGGGGUUUUCUUAUCGUUCAUCCAGACAGUUUUAUUGUGACGCGCCGCUUUUUAUCAAACUGUGUUCAAAAAGCAUUAACUUGUUUUAGUCACUGUGCCUUACUUUUGUCAGAAAAACCUCCAGCUGCGGGACUGCAUUUAUUUACCACAAUACAGCAGAUUUUUACUGAAUCGUUUGGUGUUUUGGGAAAUAUGCCUGUUUGCUUCUUUUUGCCAAGAGUUAGACAGAAAGAUUGAUACCACCUUUAUACACUAGAGUACCAAACAAAUGUCAGCCACAAUCCCUCAACCUUUGGGGUUCAGUUACAACCAAAAAAACACAACAACUGCAACCAUUAGUCCUCGCUAGCAUUGUAAAGUACAUUGAAUGGUCAUAAACACCGGCAGCAGAACAGCACAGACUCUCACAAUGAGCUGAAAUGAAGCAACUGCACAUAAAUUAGGUAAAUAACUUUGUUUUUACAGGCUUUGUUUCCCUGGGAAAGCAGCUGAACGCUCCAGGCUGCUCUUUUACUUUCAAUGAGGUGUGUGAGAGGUCGUCUGUUGUUUAGAAACGCAGAAAGGACGCGACAUGCGUUUGUGGUCAUGUCAGCUGCAAAAACAUGGAACAGAAAGCUCUCAUUACGACACACACAAGACGUAACUUCAUUCUCUGCUAAGGAGACCACAGCAAAUAGCAAAUUGAUCUUCAAAAUCUGUUUGACAUUCACCGUUAGCAUGCUAUCAAACCAAAAAAGAUCCAUUCCAAUACCCAUGCUACCACAUUUAGCAUGCUAGAAAAAGAUUUACUAGGCCCAAAAUACCAGACUAUCUCCCUACAUCUGCCAUAUGCAAGCCACAACGCUAUUCUGACCCACAAUCCUUUGCAGAUUACAAUCUAGCCUAUAUAUUUUGACAGAACAAGAUUUCCCGGAGGCCCCUGAGGAGCUAAUGAAAAGAUACCUUUUUUUAAAGCCAACCUAGCUAUCUCACCGUGCUUCCUAUCUUCAUGCUAUGCUAACCAUAUCCUGGCUGUAGGGUGGUAUCAAUAUCUGCACACAACUCUGCCAGGAACGUGACCAUAUUUCCCACAAUGCCUUGUGAACCAUUAAAAACUACUGUUUUAAGGCGAGACAUGGCAGAUUACAAACUAUUUUGAGCUUUUGGGCGGCCAUUUUGCUUACAUUUCUACUAUCACACUGGCGGAAAGUAAACGUCCAAAACACACAUUUAAUCGUUUCUGUAAUUUAUUGCAGUUUGUGCAUAUUUAAUUAAACAGAACAUAAUUUGUACAAUCAAACAAAAGCUCAGAAAAAUUGUAAUCCAAAAUAGAUCUGUCUUGACGUAAGCAAUCAGAUGGAGAGUUUCACGGUGAUAUCCGCUCCUGUAAUGUCUUGCAUUAAAGCUACAGCUUGAAACAGGUAAUGAAUUAAUAACUGAUGUAGUGUGAACGGCAAAUUGACUCAGAGAUCAUGAAGGGAUUUGGAAGAUUCACAGAAAAUCUAAACUACGGCAUGGUGAGGUAAAGCUAAAAUGUACAGAAUCUGCAUGUAUCAUUCCUUACAACUCAAAACGGUAGAUGAGGAAUAUCUAUAACCAAUACAGAAACUGUAAUAACCACGAUUUAAAAAGUGCACAGCCACUUUCUCCCAGCUUAAAACAGCAAACACUAGGGGUGAACAUAAGAAGCCAUUAGGAUUAAAGUUAUACCCUGGGAAGGUAUUUGUAUAUAACAAGAAAACGUAUUUUAUCACCCAAAACGAUAAGUUCUUGAGGCACACUUUUAAUUUAUCAUUUUUUAAAAUUUUAAUUUAUUACUUUUUUUGUUACUUUAUUUGAAUGGCCAUUUGUGUUACGCUUCCGUGCAUGUUCAGAGGUAAUUUGCAGCACUAUCCCCGAUAGCUCAGUUCGACAUGGUAAUUUUUUGACAUCUUGAAUGUUCCUUACUGGAUUGCAUUAAUUACAUUUCCAGUAGUAUUGUGAUUGAGAUCCCAGUCUCGUCAGCUUGAUGUGUAAAUGUUAUUCGAAUAUCAUUUUAUUCUAAAAAAAAAAAAAAAAAAGGAGAGAAAAAACGGUAUUACCUGAGUGUUAUUUGUGCAUAAAGCAUUUUGGAAGUUA